UGUUCAACAUGGCGGAGAAAAACACCGAAGAUAGUGAUACAAAAGAAAUGCCAACUUUAGCUCUUGAUUUGAACAAACAGAAAGAAUUUGAAGACAAAGUAAAAAAAAUCAAAGCCACGGCUGAUGAGUUGACACCUGGUGUUAUCUACCUUGGUCACAUUCCACAUGGCUUCUAUGAGGAUCAAAUAAGACAGUUUUUCUCACAGUUUGGCACAGUGAAUAAAGUCAGAUUAUCAAGAAGUAGAAAGACUGCAAAAUCAAAAGGAUACGCCUUUGUAGAGUUCGCCUGUGAUGAAGUAGCCAAAAUUGCAGCUGAAACUAUGAACAACUACAUGAUGUUUGGAAGAUUACUGAAAUGUAGUGUUAUUCCAAAGGAUAGAGUUCAUCCAAUGCUUUGGAAAGGAUCAGACAGGAAGUUUAAAUCUAUACCUUGGCAGAAAAGUGAAGUAAAAAAGCAGAAUAAGAAAAAGAGUAAAGAGGGACAAGAAACACAAUUGAGAAAUAUUCUCAAGAAAGAACGAAGGAAGAGAAGGAAGAUGAAAGAUCUUGGGAUUGACUAUGACUUUCCAGGAUAUGCUAAAGAAAUAAAGACAAAACUACCAAAAUAUACAACAUUCAAUGAUGAGGAUAGUGAAAACCAAGAGUGAACUCUAGUGUGAGAUUACCAGGAGUUAAUCUUCUAGAAUCUAGUAUCAGUAUGCAUAUUCUCCCCACUGUUUUCUUUACAUUGGCUGUGGUGAUGACAAGGAGAAUUUGUUGGACAAUCAGGAGUGUCUUGAAUUGGUGAUCAAUUCCUUUUUUCUGAUGACUGUUGCAUGUGAUUUAAGGAGGGUAAUGUAAGAAGAAUUUGGAAGCCAGACCCUCUUUGGGUUUAAAGGGAUAAUCAAUGUGUAUCCACAGGAAAAUAAGCUCUUGAGAAUUCUUCAACAUGUUGGGCAUGCCCCAUCCUUACCAUCAGUAUUGUGAUUAUCUCUUACCCAGGUUAAAAAUGGGCUGAGGUUGUUUUAAUUCUCUUUCUUUUUACCAUCUCCACCCCCCCUUUUUUUUUUUGUUUCUCAUUUCCAACAAAAACAACAACAACAGCAACAACAACAACAACAACGAUGAGGAUUUCUAUAAUGCCAUAUCCUAUUGGCUCACGGGGCUUUACAACACUUUGCAGGGGACUUUGGCCAUACUGCAGUUGAGCAGUUUGAUGAAGUAGCCUUGUAUUUCAUUCCACCUAUAAGGGGUUGGAUUAAAUGGUGAAAAAUUAUCAAAAGGAGAAUUGAUAUAAAUAAUAAAUAUUACACUUGCAAGA